GAGUCUUUCAAAUUUUAUAAUUCAGAUGAUCAUCCAGUUUUGCAAGAAAUUCGAUUUAACGUUCAAGGCAAGAAUUACUUGGUUGAUUAUUGUAAAGAAAAUGAAGAUCAGUAUAUUAAUGCAUUUGUAAAAGUCAUUGAUUAA